AACAAAAUAAUGGCUCUUUCGAUAUUGUAUUGGGCAAAUUAUGUUGAAGGGCUAUCUAAGAUUAAAAGAAAAAGUGAGGCUGCAGUCGAGUCGGGGCGUGUGUUAAAGUUUGUUUUAGAUGAACUGCGGGUCAUUUCGGCUAAUGUCCAAGCGUCAAUGAGAGACACUUCUUACAGAGUGCAGAUUUUUUUGGAAUCUGAAGACAGUGGCCUUAUGAAGUCAUCAACAUGUGAAUGCCCCAUGGGGCAAUAUAAAUGUCAUCAUGUGGCAGCAGCACUUUUAUUUGGAUACAAGAGGGCAAGCAAAACUGAUAUUAAGUGUAGUUGGUUGAAACACCCGAAGUCAGCACCACCCAAAACAACAAAAACAAUGGAGGAAUUGUACCCCCCGAAGCAGCCUGGAUAUCGGUAUGUAACAGAAUGUGACAAUCACUUUAAAGACAAUUUUUUAAUGUAUGUAGUAGACACAAUGCAUUGGAUUUUGUCAAAGGAACCAGAAGUUCAGAAAUUUCCUGUUUCUCUUGUCCAAGAUCUUCUGAUGAGUGAAGAAUAUCUUACUGCUGAAUGUAAAUCAGCUUACUUAAGAAGUAAACUUGUUGUGUCACAAGAGACUGUUAUACAAACUGCCUGGCUUACAAUUGGUCAACGUGAAAAUGCGAUAUGGCAAGCUGUCCGCAAGAUGCGCUUUACAGCUUCCAACUUUGGGCAAAUCAUUGGGGCAAUUCGUCGAAACAGACUGACUGCAUCUCUCAAGAAGAAAUUGUUGAGCUCUUACAAUCUUGAAAAAAGAGCAUCAAUCCAGUGGGGAUUAACCCAUGAAAGAACUGCCAUUGAAGAAUACAGCAAGAUUGGGGAAGUUACCGUUCUGGAGACAGGAAUUUGGCUGCAUGAAUCUGGAACUCUUGGGGCCUCCCCAGAUGGUUUCAUUCAAGGUGAAUCUAAAUGCAAACCUCAUCUCCAAGUGAAGGGACAGGUUACAAGAACACCAGAUAUUAUUGAGGUGAAGUGCCCAUUCUCUGCAAAGUCUAUGACAGUUAGUGAUGCUUGUGCGAACAUUAAGGAUUUUUAUCUUGUAAGCGACUCAGAUGGUGGAUUGCACCUCAGAACCAACCAUGAUUACUGGAAUGAGGUCCAAGGACAAUGAUAUUUGACUGGCACUCAGUGCUGUGAUUUUGUAGUGUGGACUCCAUUAGAUUUACAAGUUGUCAGGAUAAUGAAGGAUCCAGCAUGGGAGAUAAACAUUAAUAACAUGAUUGAAUUUUACUUUUUAU